UUUGAGGUCCCCAGAGAAAUGAGUGCCACCCUUCUCAGAAAAUGCUCUUCAGUGUUGGGAUCGAAUCAGAAUAACAUGCUCAAAAUGACACGAUCUGCUUCAACUUGCGGACUAAAAGAGAAGCUAGAAGAGCUGAUCCCCAAAAAGCAGUCCCAGAUAAAAGAGUUCAGGAAGGUAUCUGGAAACAAGGUGGUAGGGGAGGUGACAGUGGAUAUGAUGUACGGUGGUAUGCGCGGAAUUAAAGGUCUGGUAACAGAGACUAGUGUGUUGGACCCGGAUGAGGGUAUCAGGUUCAGAGGGUACACAAUCCCAGAGUGCCAGGAGAAGUUACCCCACGCUGCCGAGGGAGAGGAACCUCUACCAGAGGGACUGUUCUGGUUACUUGUUACUGGAGAGAUACCCACCGAGGAACAGGUAAAAGGAGUAUCAGCAGAAUGGGCAGCUCGCGCGGACCUCCCCCCGCAUGUAGUUAACAUGAUAAAGAACUUCCCCUCCACACUCCACCCCAUGUCUCAACUCAGCGCUGCGGUCACCGCACUCCAGUCAGAGAGCAAGUUCGCCAAAGCUUACUCGGAGGGAGUCCACAAGACUAAGUACUGGGAGACCACGUACGAGGAUGCCAUGGAUCUGAUAGCUAAGUUGCCACCCAUUGCUGCUGCUAUCUAUAGGAAUACUUUUUACGACGGACAAGUAGCUCCAAUUGAUUCCUCUCUGGACUACUCCGCUAACUACGCCCACAUGAUGGGCUUCACUGACCCCAAGUUCAUAGAACUCAUGCGACUUUAUCUCACCAUUCACAGUGAUCACGAGGGUGGUAACGUGUCAGCUCAUACUACUCAUUUAGUGGGCUCCGCUCUCUCUGACCCUUAUCUCUCUUUCGCCGCCGGCAUGAACGGACUAGCAGGACCACUACAUGGUCUGGCUAACCAAGAAGUUCUGGUGUGGUUAACUAAGCUACAAGAGGAGCUCGGAGGAGAGGUUUCUGAUGCAGAACUCAGGGACUUCAUCUGGAAUACUCUCGCUAGCGGACAGGUAGUACCAGGGUACGGACACGCAGUGCUCCGUAAGACCGACCCCCGUUACACGUGUCAGCGAGAGUUUGCUCUCAAGCAUCUCCCUGAUAACGCUCUCUUCAAACUGGUAUCUCAACUGUACAGCAUAGUACCGGGUGUACUGCUAGAACAGGGUAAAGCUAAGAACCCUUGGCCCAAUGUAGAUGCUCACAGUGGUGUCCUGUUGCAGCAUUUUGCCCUAAAGGAAAUGUCCUACUACACUGUUAUGUUUGGUGUCUCGAGAGCUCUUGGAGUACUUUCAUCUCUUGUUUGGGAUCGAGCCCUCGGGCUGCCACUGGAACGACCUAAAUCAAUGAGCACUGAUGGCCUUAUCAAAUUCACCGGAGCCAAACUGUAGAAACACCCUUUUCCAGAACAAUAGAAAUCUUAAUAACAAUUAACAAUAGAAAUAUUAUAGGUCCCAAAUUUCUUAGAUUGCUUUUUGCAUUUUUCCGUUAUUAUAAUAAUUUCGUUAAGUUAUGAAUAAUAAUUUAUGCAACUUAUAUCUUCAUUUUGUACUAUAUUGUUACUGUAGUUAGUUGACCUCGAAUUUCUUUGUUAUACAAUGCA